AUGUCUAUCUCCAAGGGUAUAGCAUUAAUAACUGGGUCUGCCCAGGGAAUCGGUCGCAGCGUCGCUCUUCGGCUCGCACGGGAUGGCUUUGACGUUGCUCUCAAUGAUUUACCCAACAAGGAUGCCAAGCUGGAGUCGGUAGCGACUGAAAUAAAGAGCCUUGGGAGACAAGUCUGCAUCGUUCCCGCCAACGUGGCCGACAAUAAUCAAGUCAAAGAGAUGGUUGAUGGUGCUGUUACAAAACUUGGAGGACUGGAUGUCAUGGUUGCCAAUGCUGGAGUGGUAGCGUUUGCCUCGCUGGUGUCAUCGACUGUUGAGUCAUGGGACCAUACCCUCUCAGUAAACGCUCGUGGAGCUUAUCUAUGUUAUAAGUAUGCCGCCAUGCAGAUGAUCGAACAGGGGCGCGGCGGUCGCAUCAUCGGUGCGAGCUCGAUCGCGGGCAAAAUGGGCUUCCCCUACAACUCAUCGUACACAGCUAGCAAAUUUGCGAUUCGAGGACUAACUCAAGCUGCAGGUAGUGAUUGCCGAGAUGCCCACAUAGACCACCUUAAUAAAGACCGCUUUACAGCUAUUGAGCUCGGUCAGUAUGGCAUUACCGUAAAUGCAUAUGCUCCUGGCGCGAUAGAAACUCCUAUGACCAAGCUCGCAUUGGAUGAGUCUGGGAAGAUGGAUUAUGCACGAAUUAUGGACGAUCCUUGCUUGAUAAGGUGGUAUGAGUCGACACUCGAGAAUGUUCCUAUCAAGCACAUUGGACAGCCUGAAGAUAUAGCUAGCAUUGUAAGCUAUCUCGCAUCGAAGCAAGCGCACUUCAUUACCGGUCAGUUCAUGCGUUUUGUCGCGCCUGUUUUUUGCUCACGUAGCAUGUGA